AUCUCCAUAUCCAUAUGGUAUCCAUGGCAACUCUCCCCGCCUCUCCACCUCCCUCUCCUCCCUGUUCCGAACCACCCCACCUGGCCGCCGCCGGCCACCGCCGCCUCCCGCAAACCCCUACUCCCUCUCCCUGCUCGGUCUCGGUCUCCGCUUCCGCCUCCCUGAUCGCUGGCCUAACCGCCGUCAUCUCUUCCGGCCACCCCGCGAGCACCUCCUCCUUCCCCUCCAUAUUCCCCCGCGCUCUGCGCGCCGCCGCCGACCUUCGCCUCCCCGACCUCGGCCUCCAGCUCCACGCCCUCCUCACCAAGACCGGCCUGCUGGACCACCCGCUCUCCGCCUCCGCUCUUCUCCACCUCUAUGCCACACUCGCCCCACUACCGUGCGCCCGCCUACUGUUCGACAGGAUCCCCAAGUCGGCCGCCACUGUCCCCUGGAACAUCAUGAUCCUUAGGUACGCUCAGGAUGGAUUCUUGGACGAGGCAUUCGAGCUGAUGAUGGAGAUGACGGAGUGCAAUGUCCCAGUCGGCGCAUCCACCUGGAAUGCAGUCAUUGCCGGGUGCAUAAGUGCCGGGGAGGGAGCACUCGCCGUCAGCUUGCUCGGUGAAAUGGUUUCAGCCGGAGGCGUUAUGCCAAAUGUUGCCACAUUUAACACGCUGCUUCAUGUUGUUGCAGUGUUGGAGGGUGCCGAUGUGCUCCGGGAGCUGCACGGGUUUGUGUUGCGGAACACUAGGAUUGUGGGAUUUGGGCAUGUAGAUUUGGAUCGGCUCUGGGAGUCCCUGGCUGCGGGGUACAUGCGCAGCUGCUGUGUUGAGUACGCUGACCGUGUGUUUCAGGAUGUCAGGAUGAGCACUUGCCAUCUGGGCAACCUGAUGAUUUCAGGAUUUCUCAAUUCAGGGCAGAGAAAGCAAGCCUUUGAUGUUUUCCGGGAAAUGGCAUUUGGGUGUGGUCAUCAGUCCCAACAUCUGCCGACAAUUUCUCUCAGUAUGGUUCUGCCUGAGGUUGAUCUGGCAACAAAAAGAGGCCUGGAGAUCCAUGCUUAUGCAUACCGCCAUGGUUUUGAGUGUGACACAUCGGUAUGCAAUGCUCUCAUGGCAAUGUAUGCAAAAGGAGGGAACAUAUACUUAGCAGACAUAAUUUUUCAAGGAUUAGCUGAUAAAGAUGCAGUGUCUUGGAAUACAAUGAUUUCAAGUUAUGCAGCAAUCCAUGAUUAUGAUGUUUCGUUCAAGCUGUUCCGUGAAAUGCAACGUAAUGCUGUGAGGCCUGAUGAAUAUACAUUUACAAUGGUACUUAAUGCUUGCAGUUUUGCAUGCUAUCUUGGGCAAUCAAUGGCGUUACAUGGACAAAUGAUGAAAAUGGGACUCUGUGAUUCCUAUGUAGAUGAUAUGAAUUCUCUAAUGUCUGCAUAUGGGAAGUGUGGGUUGUUGGAGGCGGCUCAAAAGGUAUUUGACGAGACUAAUCCGAAGGAUGUGAUUUCAUGGAAUAUUAUCAUCUCAUGCUAUGGUUACAGCGCUUUACCUUGGCAAGCUAUCCCGCUCUUUCAUCAAAUGCAAGAUGAAGGCUACAAACCUACUCGUGUCACAUUCAUAGCUGUCCUAUCAGCGUGCAGUCACGCAGGAUUAUUAGAUGAAGCAUUCUACUACUUAGAGGAAAUGGACAGAACCUACAAUAUUAGUCCUGGCAAGGCACACUAUGCCUGCAUUGUGGACUGCUUGGGCAGGGCUGGCCAGCUUGAAAAGGCUUAUGAUCUUAUCAAGGGAAUGCCAGUAGUGCCGACUGCUUGUGUAUGGGGUGCAUUGCUUAGCAGUUGCAGGAUACAUGGAAAUAUUAUACUAGCAGAAAUUUGUGCAAAGAAUCUCAUUGAGUUGGAUCCUCAACAUUCUGGUUACUGGAUCCUGCUAAAAAACAUUUACUCGAAAGCCAUGAGGUGGGAUGAUGCAGAACAACUUCGAGCAGCUAUGAAGGACAAGGGUAUUAGGAAGUGCGCAGGUUAUAGUUGGAUUGAAAUUGGAAACGGUGAGGUCCACAGGUUUCUUACUGGUGACCAGCUGCACGAACAACGUGACCACAUAUACGAAGUACUAGGUGGCUUAACUCGGCAAAUGAUGGAUGAAGGAUAUGAAGCCUAGAAAAGAUAUCGGUUCGUAGACUGAUUCUUAGCAUACAACCUUUGUUACAUUUAGAAUUUAACCAGCUGAGUAUUGUGCGCAAUUGUGUUAAUAUAACCACUUUACGGUUACAAUCGAAUAUGCUAGAUAUCCUUCUUUUCAACCAUUUUAAUAUGCUGUUUUCUGGCCCUAAGGAUAAAGUGUAGUGGCUUUACUGCCUUUUCUCUUGUUUUGUGCUUAGACUGCUGCGAUGGAAUCAUUAGACAAAAAAUAUUUAGAAUGUGAAAUUGAAAACCACCGUGUUAGCCCCCAUUGAGGACCACGAUAAGGA